AUGAAUGAAGAGGAAAAAAAGAAAUAUCCAUUUGAUGAACUUAAAUUAGAUGAAUCCAUAAUAUUUUCACUAUAUAUUCAGAAAUAUUUUUAUUGUGCUAAUAUUCAAAAAAAAACCAUACCUCCUUUAAUAAAAAAAGAAAAUGUUUUAUUACAUUCACAAACAGGGAGUGGUAAAACAUUAUGUUUUGUCAUACCUAUAUUACAAUAUUUAAUACAUCAUAGAAACAAAUUAUGUCCAAAUGAUGAGAAGUUUAUAAAAAGGAAUGACUUAUUCAACAAGAAAAAUGUUAAUGACACAGUUUCAUAUAAUAAAGAUCAAAUUGAACGUAUUUAUGAAACUGUUGAAAAUAUAAAUAUAGAAAAAAAAAAUGCAUAUCGAGACGUAAAUGUAAAUAUAGAUAUACGUAACUUUCUUUUAUAUACCCAUAAUAUGUUAAGGAAUACUAACGAAGAGGAUAUAUCAAAAAAAGUUGAAAUCAACCAAAAUGAUAAUAAGGUCAUGACAUAUAAGGACAAAAUAAUAAGUGAUGAUCAAGUCAAUAUAAUUAAAAAAGAUGAAAUAAAUAUACAAAAAAAUAAUAAUCAGGAAGAAAUUAUUAGAAAGAAUGAUUUACAAAAUAUUACCUUUGCUACAACAUGUAAUAGUAAUUAUCAAGAUGACAAGCAGGAAACAAAUAAAGAAAAACAUGAACAAAAAAUUGAAGAAAAAUAUAACGAACAAAAUAUACAAACAAAUAAUCAAACAAAAAAACCACAUAAUAAUAAUAAUAAUAAUAAUAAUAAUAAUAGUAAAAAAAAAACACAAAAAUUACUAAAUAUACAAGCCAUUAUAAUAACACCAACAAGAGAAUUAUGCAUACAAAUUUAUAACUUAAUAAAUAAAUUUUUAUUCUUCCUCAGAUUUUAUAUUUCUCAUACUUUAAAUAAUAAUAUGGAUAACAAUGUAUUAACAAAAGAAAACUUUUUUAUUAAUUGUCUACUUUUUAGAGGAGCCGUUAAAAUUAGUGAGGAUAUAAAAAUUAUAGAAAAUGAAAUAUUAAAAAAUAACAGAUAUCAAAUCAUAAUAUCUACCCCAGGGAAAUUAUCGUCUUUAUUAAGUGAAUACAAUAAUAAAUAUUUUAAUACAAACGAAUUAAAAUAUUUUGUAUUGGAUGAAGGAGAUAAAUUAUUAGAAGAUAGUUAUAUUAGAUAUAUGGAAAAUAUUAUAAAAAAUAUACAAGCAUAUGAUUAUACGACAUGUAUUUGUAGUGCAACAUGUUUACAAGAAGAAAAUGUAUAUAAUUUAUUUCAAGUAAAAAAAAAAAAUUUUAUAAAAUGUAUUAAUACAAAUAAUCAAGAUAAUUCAUCAACGGUAAUAAAUACUUAUCAAAUGCCUGAUCGUAUACAAAACUAUUAUAUUAUAUUAAGAAAUAUAGAUAAAGCAUUGUUCUUAUUUAAAUUUUUAAAUACCAUGGUUAAUGAUAAUGAGACAGUUAUUGUAUUCUUCCCAACGUGCUUAUGCGUUGAAUUCUUUUUUCACUUAUUCAAAAAUAUCUUUAAUACAAAAAAGAUCAAUAAACAAAAUGAAAGUAAAAAUAAAAAAAAUAAAAAUAAAAUAUAUAAAGGUAUUCAUAAUGAUAAUGUGGAUAACAUAAAUGUGGAUAACAUAAGUGUGGAUAACAUAAGUGUGGAUAACAUAAAUGUGGAUAAUCAUAUUGAUUAUAUCUUCCAACUGAACUCCAAAUAUAAUAACAUAUUCAGUGACGCAGAUAUGGCUAAUUUUGUAAAACUCAUUUGUUAUAUGAACAAAUACAUUGGGGAAAAGAAAAAUAAUUUUAACUUUUUAAAAAUACAUAGAAAAAUGAAAGAUAAAAAAAGAGUGGCCACAUAUAAUAAAAUUAUUAAUACUUGUGUAUCAAAUAAAGGUACGAAAAAGAAAGAAAACAGAAAUAUAAAUAGUGAAAGGAAAAUUAUUUUCUGUACAGAUAUUAUAAGCAGGGGUAUUAAUAUGGAUAUACAUUGGGUAAUAAACUACGAUGCAGCAAAUAAAAAUAUGACAUAUAUUCAUCGAAGUGGUAGAACGGGAAGGUUUGAUAAAACUGGUAAAAAUAUUAUCCUUUUAAAUAAAGAAGAAAAAGAAUAUAUAUACUUUUUAAAAAAUAAGAAUGUUCAUGUUGUCAAUUUUAAAAAAACAGACAUGUUUCAACAUAUGAUUAAUUAUGAAAAGACAUUAUUAAAAAGUGAACAUAUUAUAAAUAAUGAUGCUUUACGAAUUAUCGAAAUUAAUCAUAAUGAAAAAAAAAAAAAUAAUAUUACAAUAAAUAAGAACUCUUUUUUUAAUCUAUAUCCUCAAAUUUUAUAUGAUAAAAAACUUAUAGGAAAACAUCAAAAUGGAGAUUUACAAAUACAAAAAGGAGAACACAAAAAAAACAAAAACAACUUAUUAAUAUUAAACAAAAAAUUGGUCAUGUUCUUUUUAAAAUAUAUAACCUUUUUUGUUAUAGAGAAUAGAGAAAUAUAUUUACUUUCAACCAAGGCUUUUUUAUCUUACAUAGAAUUCUAUAAAAAUCAUCAAUUAAAAUUUAUUUUUUCAUUCAAUAAAUUAAAUUUAACACAUUUAUGUUAUGCAUUCAGCUUGAUUAAAAUUCCAAAGUUUAAAGAGAAAUCGAAAAUAAAAAAUUUUCAAAAUAUAAACAUUCAGUCAUUUCAAAUACCUUACAAAAAUGAAGAAAAGGAAAAGAAAAGACAAGAACAUUUGAAAGAAAAACAAAUUGAUAUAAUAACACAAGAACAAAAAAAAGAGAAUCAAAUAAAAAUGCAGAAAAAGAAAAAAAGAAAAACUAUUGUACAGAGAAAACAUGAACAAAGAGAACUAGAAGAAAAUGAAAUCGAUUCUUUAUUUUAUGAAGAAAAUUUAUACAAAAAGUUAAAAAAAAAAAAAAUUACAAAAGAUGAAUAUGAUAGACUUUUAAAUAUGGACGAUAUUGAUAAAAUGUUUUCGUCGACAUCCAAAACAUCAAAAUGUACAAAUCUUACCAAUAAUACACAUUUUUUUAAAUCCAACCGAAAGAAAAGUAAAAAAAGAAUGAAGACUUAUAAUAUAAAGAUAAAGAAAAACAAAAGAAAGAAAAAAAAAAGGUCAUAG